AGCAGCCCAGCAGAAGCCCAGAACCCACUCGAUUGGCUCUCCAUGGUCUACAUGUUAGCCUACAUUCCUCUGGUUGUUCCUGCUGCACGUCUCCUUGCUUAUCCCGGUGGACUCCGAUAUUCUCUUCUGCUAGGCAGUCUUCUUAACGCUCUAGGGGCUUGGACCAAAUGCUUAGCUGUACAUGCCAUCUCUCCGCCACUGGAGCCACCAGCACCGACUACACGUUUUUCUAGGUCUGAACUUUUCGAAGUUCGAGUGAACAGUCAAGUUAAUCUUACGACAAAAAGGCUUCCCCUAUUGCGAUUGCUAACUCUUUAUAGAAUAGAAAAUUCGUCAAAGGACUGGUUCUAG